CCAUUCCCCAUUGGGAGCCAGCAGGAAACUGGACAGCAUAAAGAAAGUUAAUUGCUUUAACAUGCAACCGAACUAUUGAAAGGAAAUCAAUAUAACCCCAACCCAGACUACUCCAGCAAAAGCCGUCAUUAAUCGGAACAAAGAAGAGACCUCGCUGGCAGAAAGAUACACAGGAAGUUUCCAACAAGUGUUGGCACCGUGGGCUCCGCUCUAGACAGUUAGUACCAGUUGCCAGGCUCUGCUUGUGCUCACUUCUCGCCUCCCUCCCCAGCACACAUGUAAUACGAAACCUCACAUCUCCAGAACGACCAACAACAAAAAAAAGAGCUCAGGCAGAGACAGCAGCUGGCUGUCAGCAGCAGAGUGGAGAGGGGCCAAGCGAGGAAAGAACCCCAAGCCAGAGAGGGGCAGGAUGGGGGGAGAGAGACGUGAAGUUUAAGAAGACAGAAAAACAACAACAGGCGGAGGAGGACAGUCCUGCGGCACUGUUGGGGUACAGCUGUGUGAAUGCCAAGUCAUAAUAAGAAGUUUUACUCCGUAUUGCAAAGGCAGGAAAUGUGGACAUUCUGAUUUUCUCCUGUAAUGAGCUCCAAAGUUUUGCCCCUGUUGCCAGAAGAGCACUGGCUCCUGCUCUCAUGUUCCUGUUCCCAGUGAACGUACUACUGAGGGAGGUCAGCUGCAAAGAGAUACACAGAGAUGGAGAAACUGUGACAUGAAGAGGUUGAUUUGCCCAAGAUUAAACAGUCCAUUGGUGGCUAUGCUUGCUAUAGAAUCCAGGAACCCAAUUUCCAGUUGUCUUCUCUAACCCCCAGCAACAUUCUAUCCUUGGAAAGUAAACUGCCAGUUAAAGUGGGGACUUCAAGCCAGAUGGGGACUGCAUCUCCAGUAUCAUACAGAGAUCACCAGCAGCCAAACUGGUUUCUUCUUAUCAUCUGAAAUGCUGUAAAGUAACGGAGUGAGAAUAACAUCAGCUACUUUCCUUUGUAAACAAGAACAGAGUAAUGGAACUGUAUCUUUCAUAGAGAGGUGUCUGUUUUAAUAAUUAUCAUUUGCCCUGAUCCUCGGUAUCACCUUUCAUCUGUUACUGUAGGUCUUCUGCAGCUUCUUUGAAAAACAAGCUUACUAAAUGAAUUAAUCUUUAUAACUCCUUUGUGAUGUCAAGUGUUCAAACCAAGAUAAACAAGCAACAUUCCUUGCAACUUUUAAACAUCAGGCUCCUUCACCCACAAUGGUGUUAGAUAGCCUGACCAACAGAACACCCACUGCUGAGGAAAGAAAGUCAAGCCAGGAUCCUGGUCAAACUAUAUAGAUUGAACCCUACAUUAAGCCAUACAGUGUUACACCCAUGCCACAGCAGCAAUUCUACACUUCACACCAAAACUGUGGAGGCCUAGCUCAUAUCAUACUAGCAACUCACUCCCCAGCCCAGAGCAGGGCACAAAAACAUUUUUGACAGACUGUUUGCUGUGGGAUCUUCCAGGCAGAAAGACACCAUCCGGAGGGACAACACGAAGUGUUUUACCUCUAAAGCAACGAUCAGAGAGCACAGACUGUUUUGCCUCUCCUCACACUUUCCAUUUGUUGGACUGGAAAUCAAACUGAGACAUACAGACAUAGAAUCCUGUAACAGUGCGUGAGGUGGAAGAAAAGCCACUAGUGGAUCAGUUCGCUUUAGGCAUGGAGAUCAAUUCUGGAGAGAAAUAUUUAACCCUGUGUAACACAACUUGGACAGUGCUGGUCAGGAUGUCUUCUGAAGGCUUUCUGAACGAAAUACAGACCAUUGGUGAGAAGUUCCUGCUUAAGCUCCAGAAGCUGCCCAAGGCUGAACCUGUGGAGAUAGUGUCAUUUUGUAUUAUCCUCUUCUUUAUCGUUACUGUGCUGUCACUGACGACCAUAGCCUGCAGCUGUUGCUGUUAUCGCUGCUGCUGCAACGGAGGCCCUGAUCAGAGAGGCAGGAAGAUCCAGAUCCAGCCAACUGCUCAUGUGUGAAAUGCAUCAGGAGAAGAAAGUGAAAGAGGACACAGGCAGCCACUGUGGCUGAAUCGCCUGGGAAUGACACUCUCUACACUAACUCUCUGAACAGGCUGGUGGGAGUGAAUGAGAAUAUGCUGCAGAGGAGGAAAGUAGAUCAUAAGAUGGAUUAGGCGGUUCUGCAAUGAUCGCUGCCUGGGUCUGUGAUGUGGCGACAUAGGUAACACUAUUCUGACAUCCUCGUCUCCUUGCCAUAGACGGACACAAACACAGACUUUUUCCCAAGGCGAACAUUGCAGCUGGGCAAGCAGCAAAUUCCAACAGGCUCCCUCUUUGCGAGCAAAGAGCAGUAAACCAUGACAAAGACCACAUGCAGACUGCCCCAGGGUUAGGAAGUUACCUGCUCUCUUGAUAACUGACCUAAUCCAGAGAGGUGGUGCUGGGCACCAGCAACUCUUACUGUCAUCACUGGAGAUGUCCAUUACCAGCACCCCUCAGGAUCAAGCCCAAAGUAAGUAUGGCUUUUCGUUCCCUGUCCUACUGUCUUUAAAACCAUGAGUAGUAGAGUACGUGAAAUUUAACAGACAUCCACUCAGAGCACAGCAUGACAUGGACUUUCAGCUGGUGCGUGAGCUCAGAGACUGGAAAUACAGUUGGCAUCAACUGCUCCCUGCUUUUAUUUUCUCAGUGUUACAAAGACAAGAAAACUGCCAAAGAGGAAAACAAUUAGACUAUGUGCAAUAUCCAUUGUAUACUAAAGAAUGAAGGCAAGAGGAGAAAACCCUAAUACAAAUUGUUUUGUUUGCUUGCCCUGCCGGUAAUCAUUUAAAAAAAAAAAAAAAAAAAAACACCUCUUUUUAUUUAGAUCCUUCUCUUCCGUGAAAAAGUGUUGCUUUUUCUGCAUAUUGCAGGGUGAGUGUUCAGUACAGUGCAUGGGGCACUGAAGCAGAUGUAUAAAUCCCCAUUAUUAUUCAUGGGAGUGGCAUGCCUAGCUCCCCGCACUAAAAAAGGCCUGUGUGUAGUUUAUAUUAAUGGCAGCAAAUGUUUAAGGUAUAUUUAUACACACAUGAAUUUCAGAGAGCGAAUAUACAGUGAGGGCAGUGUUAAUUCAGGAUAUACAUGAAGCAGCUGAGAGAUGGCAUCAUGACAAGUGGUGGAGCAAACUGGAGCCGAGCAAACUGUACCGCUAAAGUUAACAAGUGCAAAUAAAUACCUUUUCAACA